GCUUGGCAACCGCCUCGGUCGGCUGCUGAAGCGGCGGCACGCGUGGGGCGCCUGGGUGCUGGACUCCGACUGGGUGGCGGAGCGCAAGCGCGAGCACGCGCGCGGGUCUCUGGGCCGUGGGUUCGUCUCCACGAAUGACGUCCUGACCUCGUGGUUCCUGCGCCGUGGAGGCUAUGAUUACGGCUUCCUCGCGAUCAAUUUUCGCGGCAGGAUACCCGGCCUGACUUGGUCCGAGGCGGGCAACUACGAGGGCGGCGUGCAGUUCUGGCCGGAGGAGUUCGCGACCCCCGCGGGCGUCAGGCGCGCGCUGCUCGACCCGCCGCGCUUCCGGGCCGGGCGCGACGACGCCCCAGGCCUGCUCGCCAGUCUUCGUGGGAACUUCGGCGUGUCCACGAACUGGGCGUCGCUGCAGACCGAUCUGGAGCUGCCGGGCUGCCGGCAGGUCCUUCACCUGCCUGUCAUCAGCGACGUGCACACCGACGGGGUGAUGAUCGUGUUCCGCGCUGCUCCCGGCCAGCUGGCGAUCGCGCUCGGCGAGCGGCGGCGGCCCGCCCGCGCUGAGCAGAGCGCCGGGGCCUCGCCGCUCGGGGCGCGCUUGUGCUGA